CGCAAAAUUAUGGCGUUUUCGUGAUCCCCUCCGGAAGCGCGCAAUGGAGGCUACCGGCGCCGCCUUCUGUCGAUCUCCGGCUUUCUCCGGCGCCCGAGUCCGGCGGGGGGACGCCAGAGAUCCCUUAUUCUCCGGUGUCCGAAGGAAUUUUAGAAUUUCGGCGCUGCCGAGGGGGCUUUCCGGUAGCUGCGGCGGCAAAUUCUUCGACGAGGGGCAUCUGAAGUAUUACGUGUCGCCGGCGAGGUGUGAUGCGAGGAAGAAGGAGGAGAAGAGGAGGGCGAAGCUAGUGAAGGUUCUGGUGAGGGAUCUGUCGGCGUUCUACUCGAUGGGCUUCGGCGUGGAGGCCGGCGAUGGGCUGGCCAGCGAGGUCAAGGGGAAGAUGUUUUCGGAAGCAGCAGAGCUCUUGCUGACACAACUGAAGCAGCUGCGGGCUCAAGAGAAGGAGAUGAAGAGGAAAAGAAAAGAGAAGAAGGCCGCAAAGAAGGCUGCCAAAAUGAAAGAUUGCGCUGAUGACAGCACCUCAAGCUCUUCAUCUGAAUCAAGUGACAGCGAGUGUGAAUCAGUUGUCAAAAUGAGGAGCCUUACAACAGCUGCAAUCCCAGAACCCAAAACUGACGCCCUGACGGGUCCAUCUGUAACUUCUUACUGCAAGUCAACCUCCCUUCCUCUGAAACUUAGUAAGACAGGGGAGGGUAUAGAAGAAAAUAGCUGUACAUUGAAGCUUGGAGCAGAGUGCAAUAACACCAGCGCCACCAGCAGAAGUAGUGCCUCUUGUAGUUGUUGUAGUAACAGCAUUUCACUGGUCGAUAGGCCUAUGGAUAGGAUUGAGGUGUGCAUGGGAGGGAAGUGCAAGAAAUCAGGUGCAUUACAGUUAUUGGAGGAAUUUGAGAAGAAGAUAGGUAUUGAAGGAGCUGUUGUUGGGUGCAAGUGUAUGGGCAAGUGCAGAGAUGGACCCAAUGUUCGAGUUAUCAAUCACUGCACUGAUGAGGAUAAUGUUAAGGAUGUGAAAAAUCCAUUGUGUAUUGGUGUUGGCUUAGAUGAUGUAGGGACAGUAGUCGCCAAAUUUUUUGGUGAGAAGAAGGGUAUAGGUCUUGUGACUGCAUAGACAAAAUUUCUAUCUUGUUCUUCUGUACCUGAUUGCACAUGAUCAAUAAAAAUGUUUGUGGAGAGAUUAUUUAUGAACUCAAGAGAAUAAAAUAUAUGCUUGAAUUUAGGAGAUUAA